UGAAGAUGACGAAGGAGGCACCGGAGAGCUCAGUGACUCUCAACGGGCGAAGGAGUAGAUAUAAGGACACCGUCAUCCGAUCAAGGGGCAAUGCUCGGAGCGACUCGUUCCCUGCACAUCGCUACCGCCCCCUGCUGCUCUCUGAUACCAUAUCGAAACAUCGAGACACUCAAGCUAUAUUCUGUUAUAUAUUAAGCCACCCUUAAGAUCCCCCUGUCGUCACCAUGAAGUGGAUCCAUGCGGCAGUGUUCGGCUCGGCCCUUUUAGCCACCUGCGGCCUGGCCGAGCUGACGUUCACGGUAGAGGCAACUCGCGACGGGGUCCCAAUACCUCAGUCAGAGAUCAAGCUUGAGCCGUUUGAAUUUGGCCGCAGCCGUAACAACCGCGGGCCCCCUUCGCCGCCGCCUCGUGGUCACCAGAAGGUCCGUAGGGCAAACUCCAAGGUCAAUAGCGCCAACUGGUGUGGCUCUGUGAACUAUACGCCAUCGAGCAACCAGAUCAAGAGCGUCCACGGCGUCUUUCAACACCCACAGUGCAGUAAGCGCAACGGGGUCAAUACAUAUCCCCAGGCCGCUGCUCCGUGGGUGGGCAUUGACGGAGAGACUUGGACAUCGGCCCUGCUGCAGUCAGGGACGGUUUGCAAGAUUGACAACUCGACUGGAGUCGUAAGGAACGAAGCAUGGUGGCAGUGGGUUCCGGAAGGCGCCUACACAAUCGCGUCCAUGCCAGCAGCAGAUGACUUUUUCGAGGUGACCAUCAACACGAGCUCAACAACGGCCGCGUUAAUAACAAUAACCAACCUCAGCCAGCGGCACACGUACGCAAUCAGCGUCACUGACGGGCCCGUCUUGGCACGCAUCAACGCCGACUGGGUCGUCGAGCGGCCCUACUACGGGAGCACCCUGGCCGGUUUCGCGUCCUUUACCGACGUGUGGUUCCAGGAGGCCUAUGCCGUCCGCACGGGCACGGGUGCCUCGUCGACCCUGGGUGUGCUCGGCGCCAACCAGUUCCAGAUUCCAAACUACUGCACCAGCGAAGAGUGGGAUGACAGCCACCUGGUUUCUUGGUCCCUUUAGCUUUGACUCUGCGGAUAAGGCUGGUGUUCGGUUGAUGAGAUGGCACUGAAAGCGUUUGCUGACUGCAGGGUAUCUAGCUACUGACUAGCUAGCUAGUUUCUUCGGUCCCUUCAACGGGGAUUGGCUGUGUGUACUGUACACGGUAUCUGUUUGGAUAUGCCUGAUAACUGCUUAGGGGAAUUUCGGGGGAGAGGCUUGUUUAUUGGGAUACCCCCUAUGUAUACGGAUUCUAUUUGGGGGUUAGGAGUGUUUCAUUGAUGUUGGUAAAGGCUUGUUGCAUACGUGUAAUUUUUGCUAAUAUUGAAGGAAUACCUUGACUGGAUUUUGCAGACCUUUAAUCGGUCAUUAUUCAUUCCUACAUACUAGCAUUUUGUCUACC